GGGGAUCUUUCGCGAACCCCGCCAUGGUCGAGUCAUCAUCAUAACGCGCCUUUUCCGCGGGCGACCUGCUGAUUGCACCAUGCUUGUAUUUACCCCUCCCGUAUAGAUAACCCAGAUUCUCCUCACUUCUUUUGCAUCUCGUCGGUGACAUCUACUUUCCGUCCACGAUACGCACAGUCAUGCAGCCUCCUCGUGCUUUUCUGCCCUUGCUGGCCAUGUCGCUAGCCCUUCCAGCCUCGGCUGAGAAAGUGCUCGGCGCCUAUAUCUUUGCUCGUCACGGUGAUCGGACAGCCAAGGUGCUGAAGAACACGGAACUGACCGAUCUGGGCUACAGUGAGGUCUUCGCUACUGGUAGUUACUACCGAAGCCGCUACAUUGACUCGGACUCCACCCUGCAGAUCCAAGGCAUCAGCGAGGAUAUCGUCAAGCUCAGUCAGAUCAGUGCCUCAUCGCCGUCGGAUAAUGUGCUGCAGAACUCCGCCACGGGCUUCUUGCAGGGCGUCUAUCCUCCUGUUGGCGCGUCGGCGAACGAGACUUUGGCUGAUGGGCGGAUCGUCGACUCGCCAAUGGAUGGCUAUCAGUUGAUUCCACUGGCUUUGACUGAUUCGGGGUCGAACAGUGAGGAUACCACUUGGCUUCAGGACGCGACAAAUUGCCAGAAUGCCGAAGUUAGCAGCAACAAUUACUAUAGUUCAUCGCUAUACAACUCGCUGCUCAAUACCACGAAGGACUACUAUCAGUCAUUCUCGUCAAUGCUGAACAGUUCCUUUUCCGAAUCUGCAAUGAGUUUCAAGAAUGCAUACACCAUCUUUGACUACCUUAACGUCGGCUAUAUUCACAACACCACGAACGUCCCGACGGAAGACCAGCUCCACCAGCUGUUCCUGCUGGCGAAUAUCGAGCAAUACAAUCUAGCCUACAACUCGUCCGAGACUAUCCGCGCUAUAGCUGGUGCCAUGCUUGCGGGAGACGUCCUCCAGGGCCUUAACAAGACAGUCACAUCCAAGGGGAAGACCAAGCUGAAUGUCCAAUUCGGCUCUUAUGGAACGUUCCUAUCAUACUUCGGUCUCGCCCAGCUACCCGCGGCCGAUGUCAACUUCACUGGAAUUCCAGAUUAUGCCUCCUCCAUGGCCUGGGAGCUCGUGACGAACUCCUCGGGGGAUUUCCCGCCCACCUCCGAGAUUAGCGUGCGAUUCGUCUUUCAUAAUGGCACCAUUAACGAAUCCAUGUCCGAUAGCCCUACCGCGUACCCACUUUACGGGCAAUCGAGCCUCACCAUCCCUUGGUCGGACUUUGUCGACCGAACUGAAAAGAUCGCUGUUACCUCGACGUCGCAGUGGUGCCAGAUGUGCGGCAACACCAACGGCCAAUGUGCAUCCUACUCGAACAGCUCCGAUUCUGGCUCCACUGUCCAGACUCAGUCGAGCAGUGGUAUCUCCAGGCCGGUCGCUGGUGUCAUUGGUGCCAUGGUCACCCUGGCGGUGAUCCUGGGCGUGGAGGCGCUUUUCCUCCUCGUUGGAGGGUUCCGCAUAAUCAAGAAAAGAGCGGCUGUGGCGGACGCUGCUGUGGAUGAGGACAAACCGGAGUAAGCUGGGCGAACAAAUUAAUCCGCAACGUAUCAAAAUUGACGAGUUUGGAUGACCUGAUAAUUCUGCUGGUGACUAUUUCUCAUGUCUGUUUCGCCCUUUCGGGCUCCAGUUUGUAGCCUUCCUCCGGUUAGCUCAUAUCACCAGCAUUUUGUCCCACCUUC